AUGGCAAAUAUCAGAUCAUUUACUGUCCAUAUUUCCGAGACUCUCCUUGAGGAAGUCGAAACGAAGCUCAGGGUCGCUCGUCUCGAUGAGCGCAUGGGUGAGGUGGAAUGGAACGACCUAGAGACUGGGCAUGCCGAGUUCAAGCACCUUGUAGAAUUCUGGCGGGAUGAGUAUGACUGGAGAAAAUUCGAAGGUUUCCUGAAUACGUUUCAUCAUUACAAGACGGCGAUACAAGUUCCUGGUUUUGAGGCAUUGGACAUUCAUUUUCUGCAUCACCCAUCGUCACGGGCGGAUGCAAUUCCUUUACUGUUUAUUCAUGGAUGGCCAGGGUCCUUUCUGGAAGCACUCAAGAUCAUACCAUUGCUCACGGACCCCCCAGAAGGACAGCAGGCGUUCCACGUCGUUGCACCAUCUUUACCCGGAUAUGGUUUCAGCGACUUUUCUCGGCAGAGCGGGUUUGGUUUGGAGCAAUAUGCCGAUUGCUUUGCUCGACUAAUGGCGACACUACGUUACGAUAAGUUUGUUUGUCAGGGUGGCGACUGGGGUUCGUCUAUUGUGAGAUACAUGGCAUUGGGCCAUCCAGAGAGGGUGCUGGCGAUCCAUAUAAACAUGUUCCUAGCACUUCCGCCCAGUGCAGAAAGCUCGACUGAGAAGUUCCAGCGGUACCAGAGGAUGGAUUAUGAUACGCAAGAGCUAGAGAACUUGGAGAGGACAAGAUGGUUUGCGCAUAAUGAACGCGGGUAUCAGCGGGUUCAAGAGACAAAGAACGUGACGCUUGGUUACGCAUUACAUGACUCCCCCGUCGGUAUGCUGGCUUGGCUAGUGGGCAAACUGAAGGCAUGGACCCACGACUACCCUUGGACAAAAGAAGAACUCAUUCAUUGGACAUUCAUACACUAUCAGGGAAGUCCGAGUGCAGCAAUGCAGAUUUACAAAGAGGCAGAGGCAGUUUUGAAUGAAGACGGAAACAGUAUGCUAGGCAGAUAUAUAUCCCAGCCUGUCGGUUGUUCGGUUUUUCCAAAGGAGCUGUGGUUAUACCCCCGCGACUGGAUGAGCGAGACUUGCAACAUUCAAUUUUGGAAGCAACAUAGAUCUGGGGGACAUUUUAUUGCGUGGGAACGACCAGAGGUAUUGGUGGCGGAUGUUGCAGAAUUCUUCGACAAGGAAGGACCAGUAUUUAAGAACGGUGGAAGCCAUGGUUGA